AACAAAGUUAGCUUCCGGGCGCCGAAUUUAUUUUUACACACAUACGCAUAUACACUACUCCUGGGAAGGACACUUCCUUAUUGUCACGAGACAGCCGUGAGAUGCAUUCGUGGACACUCUGAAAAUCACAUAAUAUCGCAUUAUUAUGUGCUAUAUCCAUCUAGGGAUGUAUUUUCUAUGUCGCUUAUCCUCACUAGGGUCUUGGGGCGAGAGGCGGGGUACACCCUGGACUGGUGGCCAGCCAAUCACAGGGCACAUAUAGACAAACAACCAUUCCCACUCACAUUCAUACCUAUGGACAAUUUGUAGUAGCCAAUUAACCUAGCAUGUUUUUGGAACGUAAACCAGACUACUAUGUGCUAACAUUAAGUAGUGUAACACUUGCUGCGGUACAAUAUGAUGGAUUUAAGUAUGUAUGAUCUAUGUAAUUGUCUUUUCUUACAGAAUUUCCCCCCACCAGUCAUCUCAGCCCAUCUCUGCUGGCAGAUUUAAAGGUUGAGUUGGUGAAAGUGUCCCAAAAAGACAUGAUGAAUCCAGCAUUGAAUACCUGAUUGGGACACGAUUAAUGGGGGAAACUGAUCUUCUCUGUGAAUAUACUCCACCUUUGGCCGAGGCUGACAUCACCGGGUCACAUCAGAAAUGGUUUCAUUACUUGGUGAAAGCAAACUAUGGCUCCAACUUAAUCCAAGCAGCCAAUCUCCCUUUGCCGCCGCAGGGCAGCGGCCCCGCUUACAUGUUCAAGACGUUGUUCAUACCUCGCCCCAUACACGGUCUUGCACCAAAGCCUACUUUUCACCCCAAAAGUGAAGAAACGCUAACUGACGUCACCACAGAGAGCCCCCAUUCAGAGACGACACACAUCUCCAGCAACAUAUUGGUGACCGUUUAUUUAGGACUCACUGCUGGCAUGAUCCUCACUUCUGGAUGCAUUUUGUCUAAAAGAUGUGGAAGACACUUGUUUUUUUCGUUGGGGUUUAAAAGGUUGCCUACAUCGUCUGGAGUUCCCGUCUCUGUCCUCGUGGUGUACCCUCCUGAGAGCACAGCCUUCCAGAAAGCCGUCAUGGUACUGGCAGAGUUUCUGCAGAAGCAUGCUAGCUGCAGCGUAGCGAUCGACGUAUGGCAGCAGGGAAGAAUUGCACAAGUCGGUCCCAUGCGUUGGCUCGUUGAAGAAGUCAAAGCUGCACAGCAUGUCCUCAUCAUCUGUCCACCGCCAAGCUACCCUGCUCGCUCCAACCUCGCCGCCACGGGACCUUCAGCACCAGCUGCAGCUCACGACCUUUACCCUCUCACCCUCAACAUGGUGGCGAGUCACGCUAAGAACGCUAAUGAGCUUGCUAAGUUUUGGGUGUUACAGCUAGGCAAGCACAAGGACAAGAGUUACCCGGCUCCGGAACUCAGCGCCUGCAAACGUUUUUAUUUAUUGAAGGAUUUAAACAAACUCUGCAGGAGUCUGCACACUCCGAGGCAAGAUGGGAAGAUGAGGGCAGAUCUUGUCUUUGGGCCUGACAGUGGAAAGAGUACGGUGAAGUUAAGAGAUGCUGUAGGAAAACUAAGUAGGGAUUGUGUUGUGGCUUCCAGCGAGGCUCAACCACUGACUACUGUCAUCACUGUUUGAUAUAUAUGAAUGUUUGAAUAUGUGGUUUAUUAAUAUGAAGAUGUUACCCGAGUUAUGAUAUAUCAAAAUAGGACUUGUACAUGUUACUGACUAGAUGCCGAUCAAGUUACUUUGACGACAAAGACAAAGGGAAAAUAACCCAGGGGAUCCCACUUGUCAUGAAAAAUACAUAAACAAACAGUAACAAAUAUUAAUAGUUGUCCAUUGAACUGUAGAAGUAUUUAUUAUUAUACACCAUAACUUUCUACAAGCUGUAUAAUGUCUUUAAUGUACGUGUGAUGUCAUUAUUGCAAUUCGAACUAUAAAAUAUAUAAAAAUGUGACAUUUAUAUGUACAUUAUUGUACUGUAUUUACUUAUUAUUUCAAAUGCAAGGCACUUGCAGUACCGCUUUAUCCUGAAGGGGUCAGUGUGUGCUAU